AGACAUAAUCAGAACCCACUGCUAGUAAUAGCUAGUAAUAGGUGAUAUGGCGCCUAUCUCCAGUGUCUCCACAGUGGCACCCGUGUGCCGGCUGCUUGAGGCACAACAGGCUUGUCAGCGGAUAUAGGUUAUACCAACGUGCUGUGCAAAGCCGCGGCGCAGCCGCAGCUGCAUGCCGUAUGGUCCGCUUCAUUCCCACCAAAGAAGACUCAAAACCAAAAUGAUCAUACCUCCACAUAAUUCUGCUGAUCCAACUACCUCUGAGCUCAAAGCUCACCCGGAUACCGAGAAUGGGCUUGCCGGAGAAGCACCUCCUCCAUCAUAUUAUGGUAACCCCUUGGAGCAAGAUGUGACUGCGAAUGCAUCCUCUUCCAGCACUCCUCUUCAGCCCACAUUCAAGUCCAAACCAACCAAUUAUUUGCAUCUCUUCAAUGAGAAUAGCUCUGUUAAGGGGGAGUUCGUCAUAGACCCUUGCAUGGACAUCCCCACCUCCCUACUUCCACCCAUAGGUCCUGAAGAGGACGAGGCAGACAGAAAGAAUCUGUCCUUGCACUCGACAAAUGGAUCUGUCAAUGCACAAAUAUGGCUGCUCAGCGCUCGAGACCCUCAACCUUUUGAUUCUAAGAAGCCCACAAAGCGCACGAUACUCGAUGUUGGCUCUGAACACGGUUCUGUCACUGUUCGAGUUCAAACUAUUCACGGGGCUGCCCCGUUCUUGCUGACAAUUUCCGCGAGGAACGGCGCUGUGAAUGUCACUCUUCCACGAUCUUUUAUUGGCCUCCUUCUUCUAACGAACAAGCACGGCUCCAUCUCGCUCGCCGAUAAUCUUUCCGAGAACUGCACGCAUUUGAGUCAGGUGGAUUCAACUCGACGAUAUUUUGUUGGAGACUUGUCCAUGGUUGAUGAUAGUGGUUGGGCUGGAGAUGAACUGCGAGUUGAAGGAAAAAAUGGACAGAUCAGAGUCAAAUAUUUUGAAGAACUUACCAGCGCAGACAAUACCAGCAAAGGUGGGCUUUUGAAUCGGUUAUUUGGGUGGUAGUGGGAAGUAUCCUGGAGUCACUUAUGUCUGCCCUAAUCGUCGAUUGCCGCAGUACGCAGCCGCAUGCGCAGCACCUUGGCAGCGCCGCAGCAUUCCUCCCCAAUGAUCAUCUCAGAGAAGGAACUCCCGAAUGAGUGCACAAAGGUGGUCGAGGCCGAGCAAGAUCAAUCACAUGUAGUGAUCAAUACCAUGGAUGAUGCA